GCAUUGUUAUACUCAAAAGGGAAAUCCUGAACAACUAUGGUCUCAACAAGUAUGGGAAGCCCGGAGAUUUGUAACAGAAAGCUAACGACUGCGGUGCCGGCGACACAGACCGGCGAGAACAAGGUUUCGGAGCUGACAGACAUGGACUUGGCGAUGAAGCUCCAUUACAUUGAAGGGGUUUACUUCUUUACGAGUGAAGCAGCUGAAGGGCUGAGACCAGAGGACUUGAAGGGACCCUUGUUCCAUUGCCUCUCUCGCUUCUUCACCGCCUCAGGGAGGGUUCGGAGAUCCGAAACCGGCCGGCCCUUCAUCAAGUGCAACGAUAGUGGAAUCCGAAUCGUUGAAGCCGACUGCGACCAAACCAUUGAACAAGUUUUGGCCACCAAGGAUCACUCUUUUCAUAGCUCCCUUGCUUAUACUCAACAUCUUGGUCCUGAUCUUGGUUUCUCACCUCUCGUCAUUAUACAGUUCACACGGUUCAAACAUGGAGGAGUGUCCGUUGGACUCAGCUGGGCUCAUGUUCUUGGAGAUGCAUUCGCAGCCAUAGCCUUCAUCAAUUUGUGGGGCCAGAUCUUGUCUGGUCACGCGCCACCGAAGUGUCUCCACGCGCCAAUUCCCAGGAAACCCAAAUUCCCACCUACUAUUCCCAAUAAAUCAAUUCCCACAUUGAAAAGGGUGGACCCCGUAGGAGAUUGCUGGCUAACUGCCAGUAUCUGUAAAAUGGACACGAACUAUUUCCAUGUCACCGCAGAACAACUUGAGCAGAUGGUAGCAAAAGCUCGUGCCGUGGCCAAAAUCUCACAUUUCCAAGUCCUCUCUGCUAUAAUAUGGAAAUAUUUAUCUGAAAUCAGGGAAGGGGAGACAAGGAUUGUAACAAUCUGUAAAACAAAUUCCCACAACAGGGAAAAUGAAUAUCCAACCAAUGCCAUGGUGCUGAGCGCAGUUGAAGCCGAUUUCUCAGUGGCGAAAGCCGAUAUAUCGGAGUUGGCAGAGCUGAUAGCUGAGAAAAGAGUGGAGGAAAAUGAAGAAAUGGUGGAGAUAGAAAAUGGGGAGGCCGAUUAUAUAGCAUAUGGAGCAAACUUGACAUUUGUGAAUCUGGAAGAAGCAAAGAUUUAUGGGCUGGAAAUGAAGGGAAAUAGACCUGCUUUUGCCAACUAUGCCAUCAAUGGGGUUGGAGAUGAAGGUGUUGUUUUGGUGCUUCCAGGGCCAAUAAAUGGGAAAGGGGAGGGAGAUGGGAGAGAUGGGUUGGUGGUCUCCAUGGUUCUUCCUGAAAAUCAGUUCCCGCUGCUCAUAAAUAAGCUUGAAAGGGAUUGGAAUGUCGUUUAAAUAGUAAAAGAUUGACAUGCAGGCUGAUUCCCUGGAUAUAUAUAUAGAGAGAGAGGAAUGCUUCAUUGCAUUCUGCAAACCAUCUUCCCACCAUCUCUUCACUUUAGGAUCUUGAUUUUUUCAAAAAUUUAAAAAAAAAAAAAAAAAAAAAAGAGAAAAAUAAGUAUAGAGAGAAGAGAUGGUGGUGAGAUGGUUGGUAGAAUGCAAAAAAGCAUUCCUCUGUGUAUAUAUAUAUAAGUUGUGUGCUACUUCUGUUUGAUGAUUGAUAUGAUAUAUACUAUGUUGUUGUUUUUAGA